AUGAGCUCUGUGAAUGCCAAGCUGCAAAAGACCUUACAGAGAUUCCAGGAUAGGAUUGAGGCUGGAGAUUACUAUGAAGCGCAUCAGACCCUUAGGACGAUCGCUAAUAGAUAUGUGAGAAGUAAAUCCUACCAGGAUGCCAUCGAUUUGAUCUCACAUGGAGCCCAAUCCUUUUUGAAGGCUAAGCAGGGUGGUUCCGGUACAGAUUUGGUUUUUUACCUGUUGGAAGUUUACGAAGUGGCCGAAGUUAAGGUUGAUGAUGUCUCCGUAUCCAGGCUUGUUCAACUGUUGGUUAUUAUUGAUCCUCAAGAGCCCAACCUCAAGGACGUGGUCACUGCCAUGAACAAUUGGUCUAUCAAGUUUGGAGAUUACAAGUUUGGUGACCCCUAUUUGCACAGUGCCAUUGGAUCUGUAUUGAUUGAAGGUGGAUUCGCAUAUGAAGCCGAAAGAUAUCUGAUGUUAGGUCCUCACGAAGCCGUAAAUAAAUACAUCAGCUUGAUCUGGGACUGGUUCUAUCAGGAAGAUGAUGUUGAAACCGUGGGUGAUUUCUUCAGCAGGCCCAUCUUUAAUUUCUUGUUCAUCUCCAACAUAUCAUACGCAUAUGAGGCCAGGGAUAAACUUUUGAAUCUUUUAAUUGAGAAACACUCACCAAAAUUCCAAAUAACCGAGAAAAAUGGGUUCAAGAUGUACUACUUUGAUAACUUUGCCGAUCUAAACUUUUUACAGUUGAUCAUAUUGACUUGUCAAACCAAGAAUGUCGAUCUGUUCCAUAAUCUCAAAGAACAUUACGGUGGGUCGUCAAGCAAAUAUGCUGCAGAGUUGGAGUUCUUGGGACAAGAGUACUUUGGAAUAGUCGCUCAUAGACAAACCAAUUUCUUGCAGGACAUGAUGGCAGGUUUCCUGGGCGGCGGACCCAAAUGA